CUCCCUCCCUCCUUCCCUCCUUUCCACUCUGCACUGCAUUGAGAGAAGCAUGUGGAGGAGAAUUGUAAAUGUGCUGUGCUCUGAGUGUGUGUGCAGCGAGAGCGUUUCAGAGAAGAAGAGCCGAAGCUAGGAGAGGGAGAGAACACGAAUGCAAGAGGGGAGCGCCUGCCUCACUUCCCUUGUCAUAGCGUGCGGGCGUGUGAAUGUGUGUGUGAGCAGUGCGUGUGCCCGCUGCAAUGCUGAAUAAGGACAAUCGCUGCUGCCUCCGCCCCCCCGCGCCAGGAUGAUGUAGCGGCCCAGGCUAGUGUCGCUUCUCGGGAGCGCCGGGCCUGCAGAGCAGAGAGGAGAGAGAGGGGGAUGAAGGGCCGGGGCUGCUGGGAACCAGGGACGGUCCGCUCCUUCUGCAACUCGGGCUGCCUCAGUAAACUGAACCAGGGUCAGUACAGCAGCUACAGCUCAGCCUCAGGAGGAGACAGCCUCCACACUCCUCUCACACCACCCCGGAGGAAAACUUCGGCCUGCCACCUCCUCCACCUCGUAUGCCUCGGAGAUGACUCAGGGGACGAGGAGCCCACGACCCAGUCGGACCGCAGUGAGGGGAUCCAGGGCACUCUGAAGACCCUGAUCAGCAAGCUUGAUGACCUCAGCACGUGUAACGACCUAAUCGCCAAGCAUGGGGCGGCCCUGCAGCGCUCUCUGAGUGAACUUGAGGCGCUGAGAGUCCCAGUGGAGGGAGGAGAGAAGAUCAAGGGCGUCAAUGAACGAGCCACCCUCUUCCGCAUCACCUCGAAUGCUAUGAUCAAUGCGUGUCGCGACUUCCUGGACCUAGCGGAGACCCACAGCAGGAGAUGGCAGCGGGCGCUGCAGUAUGAGAGAGAGCAGCGUAUUCACCUGGAGGAGACCAUAGAGCAGCUAGCCAAGCAACACAACAGUCUGGAGAGAGCCUGGAGAGAGGCCCCCACACUCUCCGUCAACACACCCAGCUCCCCCACCACCAAGAAGGGAGGGAGUGAGAGGCCUCAGAAAGGGGAGGCGAGUGAUGAAGAUGAGGAUACGGAAUACUUUGACGCCAUGGAGGACUCCCCUGCCUUUAUCACCGUAACCGCCACUGAGAACACACAGCACAGGUGUUCUCAGAGUAACCUGUGUGGAGCGAGUGGAGGCCAUUCCAAUGAUUGGAACCAGGACAAUGUGUCUCCUAGCUGUAAGGAUUCCGGGAAGGAGCUGCAGCCCCUCCGAAGGAGGCGGAGCCGCAUCCCAGACAAGCCCAACUACUCCCUCAACCUGUGGAGCAUCAUGAAGAACUGCAUCGGCAAGGAGCUCUCCAAGAUCCCCAUGCCUGUGAACUUCAACGAGCCUCUGUCCAUGCUUCAGCGGCUGACAGAGGACCUGGAGUACCAUGAGCUGCUGGACAAGGCGGCGCGCUGCGAGAGCUCCCUGGAGCAGCUGUGUCUGGUGGCAGCCUUCUCUGUGUCCUCCUACUCCACCACCGUCCACCGCACGGCCAAGCCCUUCAACCCCCUGCUGGGGGAGACCUACGAGCUGGACCGGCUGGACGACUUGGGCUACCGCUCGCUGUGUGAGCAGGUGAGCCAUCACCCCCCAGCAGCAUCUCACCAUGUGAUUUCUCAGCGAGGCUGGACCCUCUGGCAGCAAAUCACCAUAUCCAGCAAGUUCCGUGGCAAAUACCUCUCCAUAAUGCCUCUGGGUGCCAUUCACCUGCAGUUCCACUCCAGUGAGAACCACUAUGUGUGGAGGAAGGGAAUCUCCACCGUGCACAACAUCAUCGUGGGCAAGCUGUGGAUUGACCAGUCAGGGGACAUUGAGAUAGUCAACCACAGGACCAAGGAGACGUGCCAGCUCAAGUUCUCCCCCUACAGCUAUUUCUCCAGGGAUGUCCCACGCAAGGUGACAGGGGUGGUGUCAGACAGUGGAGGGCAGGCCCACUACAUCCUGUCUGGCACGUGGGACGAUAAGAUCGAGAGCUCCAAGAUCGUCCAGAGCAGCAAAGGGGGCAGCGGCUCCGAGGGCAAGCAGAAGACAGUCUACCAGACCCUGUCCCCCAAACUACUGUGGAAGAAAUACCCUCUCCCGGAUAACGCUGAGAACAUGUACUUCUUCUCGGCGCUGGCGCUGACGUUGAAUGAGCCGGAGGAUGGGGUGGGGCUGACGGACAGCCGGCUGAGACCGGACCAGAGGCUGAUGGAGGCGGGGAGAUGGGACGAGGCCAACUCUGAGAAACAGAGACUAGAAGAGAAACAGAGAGCUGUGAGGAGAAGGAGAGAGGCAGAGGCCACAGAUGCACUUGAUGACGGCCGGGAGUACGAGGGCUUCCAGCCACAGUGGUUCCACAAGAGGACGAACGCCAUCACUGGAGAGACAAACUUUGUGUACAAGGGUGGAUACUGGGAGGCUAAGGACAGUCACGACUGGAGUAUGUGCACUGAAAUCUUCUAAGCCUSGACCACACCCAUCCUACCCCCUCACUGGACUCACCCAGGCCCAUGAGACUGCUCUACCACUGGCCCUGGAGGAAGAGGGGUCUGGGUGUGGACCUCUGUGUGCAACUGUGUACGUCUCACACACUCACAAUACAGUUUACCUCCCCACGGACACACACACUUCAUCUGUUUUACAGAGUCAAAGCAGAGAAGGGGCCUUCUAUAGGUCCUCCCUGACAACAUAGCACUGAGCUGUAUGGGGGGGGUGUGGGGGUAUGAGAGAGAGGAGAGAUUGAAUACCAUAGAAAAUGGACCCAAUAGAGAUGUCCAAAAUAAUCAGGUGCUCCACACGCGCUACCCACAAUGCACUAUUCCUCUGCUCAGUACAUCGUUUUUUCUGGGUUUUAAUGAUUGAAUAGCAACCCAUCUAAAUCAGUCCUCCUCUCCUCCACUGUAGACUGGGAUGGGAUGAAGUCUAUCCUCUCUAACAGACCGACAAACAAAAAGAAGGCCACAGAAGUUUAUAGAAAGACAGUAUACUUUAAAAGGAUGGACAUUUAUUUUGAUUAGUAACUGGUAUCGGAAAGUGUAGGUAGGCACUAGGCACAGACUCCAACGCUUGAAUUAGUUCUUCAUCUAUGUCCGUCUGCCUGGUAAAGAACUUAAGUUCCCUCUGUUCUUUUCUCCAUUGCAGGAGGAACCAGGUUUAGACCUGCGUAUAACCAUAUUGAGCUCAGACCGUAACCAACGUGGUUUGACAACCAGAGUAUUUUUCCAAACACAAACUGGGUAUAUUGUGAUACCUCCCAAACACAGUCACACUUCCACUCCACUGGUAAUUGAAGCUUUGUCUAUUGAGGUAAAUAAGCACUUUUCUUUGUGGGUUUCCACAGCUUAAUGCAUAUCCGUGUUGAUGUCGAGGAGAAUCCAGCCUGGGCACUGCACACUCACCCAGUCCUUUGGUGCUUAACCAUAGAAACACAUACACUUCUAUUGUGCAGUGAGUCAUUUAAAGGAUAUAAAUGGCAUUGUAGCUAGAACCUGCACACCAAUUACUUGUCCCAAAAACAGAUCCAUCAUCCCACACAUGAAUAUCUAUAUUCUAGAGUGUGAAUUUUACACCACAGUGUAUAGUUCUACAGCCUAUAUGACAGAUCAGAGCCUGCUCUGGACCUGUAGUUGUAUUCCUACAGAACAGGCUGAUGUUGCUAUAGCGCUGAAGGAGGCCCAUGGUGGCUACUGACAGUAUAUUGGCAUCUUAACACAGACAGACAGCAUGCUCCUCAGGCCUCCCAUAGCAUAUCACUGUUCAGCCAGGGAGGGAUGCUAGUGGAGACACUGACUCCCAGGCACUGACCCAGGUUCACCUGAGCAUAAACCUAGUCCUAACUCCUAGUGUUGAAGAGCUGUGGACAGGCUGAUCUGGGAUCAGCUGGUGAAGGCACUGUCAGUCUUUUGCCUUGAAGAACUGAUUCGUGCACUACAUGUCUUAGGUGACAGGAUUCUUGACAAAGUGUUAGUAUAUUUUGUAAUUACUGUUAGGAAUGUAGUAUUUGGGCUGGAAGUAUUGUACCCACUGUCUGGCCUUUUGUGUGAAUAUUUUGUGAUAACAAGAUAAUAACAAGACAAUAAUAUGAUUAUAAAACAGUUCUAAUGAUAAUCGGAACAAUAAGUAAUGUUUAUAGUUGAAAUCUGAAGUUUUAAUGAAAAUGUACUGUUACUGUACCUUUUAAUUUAAAUUGAUCCAGCCAGUUAGAAGUUGAUUCUAACUACCGCCCACGGUUUGGUUGCAGAUUUAAUGUUUUGUAUUAAUAGAGACUUACUCUCACACUGAAAAUUAUUUUUAUACAAAGUUCUUGAUAUUGGCAUAUUGUUUACUUGGUUUAGAUUUGCAGUUCACAAACAAGCAACCACAUCUGACAGUGCCCCUGAUGUGGCCCAUAAGGUUUCUGAGGUCAGUUGUUACAGAGAUCUGGUAUGUGCUCUGGAAGGAAGUGGAAGACACACAGAAUACCAUCCUCAGCCCAACAUAUCUGUCUGGACGGCUAGAGGGGUUGCUGGGGGUGCAUACAAACUAGAAAAUACUCAUCAAGCAACUGCUGAAUGUAAUGUGAACCGGGAAAAUGUGAAGGUUUCAACUGUGAGAUAAUAAUUAUCCCCCAAUCACUUUCAUGCUCCCAACUGUUUUUCAUUUCAACUCAGAGUAACCCUCCUCCACCGGAAGCCUAUAAUAUAACGUCUCAACGGGGCAGAGAAUUAGGUUGUUACAAGCACAUUCUGACCAGGCACUUACUCUCUUUAACCCCGUGAACAACAGCCUCCAUUUUCUGCACUAUUUAUGUUUGGUUCCAGUUGAUCUACUUUGUACCCGUGACCUUUCAGCAGACACACAGGCACUUAUACAUUAGUCACAUAACCAUAACACACUCACACAUGUAUAAGUACUGACCACAUUGGRGAGAACAGUACAUUAUUAGUGGAAGAAAUCAAGGGGUACAGCAGGAUGACAUGGUUCCCCACAUUGGAAUGAACUCUCACUAUUCUGGACCUAAUCACAGUAAGGGGUUUUAUAUAUUGUAAAUGUGUCAUUGUAUAGACAAUACUACAACGGCAUGUACAGUAUUACUGGGCGAGAAACAGUAUUGAAAUGUGGGGAAGAAAGAGUAUGAUGUGCAGGGCAAGUAUACAUUUUUUCUCAAUCAUCAACUCCUUUUAUUUAGUUUAAUAUAUUGGGUUUGAAAUAGAAUGAGUUUUAUAUAUGAAUAUACAUAUAUUAUACUUUGAAUGAUAAUAAACACAUCAUACAUUUUAAUCAUUUA